AUGCAUGGAAAAGCGGAAUCUGUGGCUUACCAAGUCGUUGACACUGUCCGUCAACGGCCUUGGGGAAUUCCCGUAGCGGUUGUUUUCGUCUGUAUCUUCUCAUUCACCAUUUACCAGCGAUGGUUGUCACCAUUGGCCAAGGUCGACGGACCAUUCUGGGCAUCCCUGACUCCUCUCUGGAAGUUGCUGUCGUUCAACAAUGGCAACUUUCAUGAGACCAUUCUUGCUCUCCAUGAAAGAUAUGGCCCGAUCGUCCGCAUCGCCCCCAAUGAGGUCAUCAUAGCGGACAAGUCGGCAAUUCGCGAGAUUUACAAUACGAUUCAGGGAAGAGAUUUCCUCAAGACAACCUACUACGAUGCUUUCACUGCCUUCCGACCGACCAUAUUUGGUCAGAGAGACCCACAUCUGCAUGCCCAGCGGAAGAGGAUUGUUUCUCACGGGUAUUCGAUGAACGCACUCCAGGCCAUGGAGAAGUUUGUGCAGGAGCGCGUUCAAAUCUUCAUGAGGAAGAUGUCCGAAUACGCAGCCUCAGGGACUGAAAUCAACCUGGGAAAAUGGUGCCAUUUCUUCGCCUUUGAUGUCAUUGGAGAAUUGGCUUUCAGUGAAGGGUUUGGCAUGCUCGAGACAGGUGUGGAGGACGAGCAUAUCCGGCUCAUUAACAACCAGAUGGAGUUCGGAUCCACGAUCGGAAUGAUGCCAUCGCUGAUCCCGUACACCAAACUGACUUGGCUUCCCAUACCGUGGCUGCAGAGUCUGCAGGCAGGCCGUGAAAGGCUGAAGGAGCUUACAAAAUCUCGUGUCGAGCGCAGACAGGAGAAAGUCAGCGACCGAAAAGACCUUCUGGGCAGACUCAUCGAGGCCAAGGAUCCCGUCACUGGCCAGAUGUUGGAUUCCAUUGAUUUGAGAACUGAAGCCUUCUCGAGCAUUGUUGCAGGCAGUGACUCGACAUCCUCGGCUCUGAGCUAUACCUUCUAUCACAUCCUAGGCCAUCCUGCUGUCUACGAAGCCCUGACCAAGGAGUUGCGGACGACAUUCCCCGAGCGCAAUUACCUGACGGACGAAACACCUCCGACGUACGCGGACUUUGGCAAAUUGCCGUACUUACAAGCAGUGAUAAAAGAGAGUCUUCGUCUGACGCCUCCUGCCACGAUCAACCUCCCACGGUAUGUACCAGAAGGUGGACGUGUUAUCGCCGGAACGUAUUUUCCCGCCAAGACGAUUGUGGGGAUGUCUCCCAUGCCCGUGCACCUGAAUUCGGAAAUCUUUGGCCCAGACGCUGAGAUGUUCAACCCCGACCGUUGGAUCCGUGGCUCAGGCGGGAUCAGCCCGGAGGAGAUGCAACGGUACUGGAUGCCCUUCGGUCAUGGGUCCAGGCAGUGUAUCGGCAAGAAUGUUGCCAUGAUGGAGUUGGUGAAACUUGUUGGGACGCUGUUGCUAUACUUUGACGUCAAAUUAGUGACCAGCAGCGGAGAGAAACUUCCCGAAAUCCCAGUCUCGAGGAGUUUCUUCUUUGCUAGGAUGCAGGAUCCGCUCAUGGUGAGGAUCCGUGACCGAGCUUGA